AUGCUAUAUAACAAUUAUUUGCCCUACUCACGGUCGCGGCACUUGGCAGUCGUCAACAUUAAGAGACAAGAGACAACAGUGAACCCUUUCUUUCACUCUUUCUUUUUUUCGUUAGGUGACCAUUACUGUCAAAAAGAGGAUACGCUUGGUGUUUUCUCUUUUUUUGCUGUUAGAUUCUCUUUGUAUCUCUUUUCCUCGACUGUCACUUUCAUUAUCUUUAUUUAUGUCUUCAUUCGCCCUUUCUUUCUCUUUACCCGUUCCCUUUUUUAUUCUUUCUUUUUCAACUUUUUUUCCUGUGAAUUUCUUCUUUCUUUCUUUUUUUUAUACAUUCUCUUUCUUAUUUUGCGGUUUUCACGUUUGCGUCUCAACUUUCUAUUAAUCUUUUCUUCCUUUUGCAUUUUUUCUUCCUACUUACAUUCAUUCUUUCCAUUUUUACACUUUCUUUCUUUCUUUCUUUCUUUUUUCUUUCUUUCUUUUUUUCUUUCUUCCUUUUAUUCAUUCAUUCAUUCUUUCUUUCUUUCUUUCUUUCUUUCUUUCUUUCUUUCUUUCUUUCUUUCUUAUUGCCACUCUUCAGAUUUCCAUGAUUUUUCCCCGUGUAUUCCUCUCUUUUAUUUUUCUUUAUUUAUUUUUGUUUUUCUAUUUUCAUUUUCAAUUUUUUAUUCAGUUUUCUCCUCUCUUUUUCUUGCUUCAUCAGUUCAGCGUUCCAUUUGUUGGUUCUUUUUUUCUUUCUUUCUUUCAUUCUUUCUUUCUUUCUUUCAUUUCCCUUCUUCUGCUUUAAAUUUUUAUUUAUUUCAGUUUUCUUUUAUUUCUCUUUCUUUAUUUCUUUGUUCGUUUUUUGCUCUUCUUCACCUUUUCAUUUCUUUCUUUUCUCUUUCUUCAGUUGUUCAUCUUUUCUUUGUCCUUCUUCAGAUUUUCAUUUUAGUUUCUUUCCCAUUUCUUUUGUCUUUUGAGAUUUCUUUCUUCUUUUGGUUCCAGAUUUGUUUCUUUCUUUAUUCGUUCUUUUCUCUUCUUCACCUUUUCAUCUACUGUUUUCUUUUUUCUUUCUUUCUUUUUUCUUUCUUUCUUUCCUUCUUUCUUUCUUUCUUUCUUUCUUUCUUCAGUUGUUCAUUCUUUCUUUGCCUUUCUUCUGAUUUUCAUCUUUUUCUUUCCCAUUUCUUUUCUCUUCUGAGAUACUUUUCUUUCUUUCUCUUUUUGGUUCCAGAUUUCUUUAUUCAUUCUUUUCUUUUCUUCACCUUUUCAUUUCAUUCUUUCUUUCUUUCUUUCUUUCUUUCUUUCUUUCUUUCUUUAGUUGUUCAUUUUUCUUUGCCUUUCUUCUGA